CCCUCGAGCGCGUGUACGUUUUUUUCUUUUUUUCCUUCGCAGCGCACGCUGUGUUUGUGUUCUUUGCAUCUUUCAAUCUCGUUCGCUGCGAUGUGGGGUCUGCCAGUUCGCUGUGGAGCGGCGUGCUGUGUCAAGUGACGGAUGAAAUUUUCGCGCGCGCUCCGUAUUUUUGGCAGUGAUGCGAUUAGAGAUCACGGUGCCUGUGUCCACACUGCUGCAGUCCACGGAUUUGACGUGAUCACGUUGUCUUCGACGUGUUGAAAGCAGGUUUCGUUCACUAGCCAAAGAGGAUACUAUUUCGUGCCGUGAGUGGUGGAUUGAUAGCAACGUUGAGCCUUAUGGUGCACAAGCGCAGACGGUGCACUCCACUACUCCUCUGUGUAGCCGGCUGAAAUCUAAAGAGGAGCGACCAUGACAGCCGAGAUUCCAGUGUGGGUUGGAGGCGUCCAAAAAUGGGUGACGGGUAUAACCAAGAGAACGACAUGCGAAGACAUCGUGCGAGCAGUCCUGGCGUCAUCCAGAUCUUCCCGUCACAAGUCUUCUGAGUCUUCCAGUCGCGACCCCAGGAAUUAUGCGCUGGUCGAACGUUGGCCCAGAGGAGAGCGUCCUCUCGACAACCAGUCUCGAAUACUCAAGCACUGGAAGUCCUGUGGCGAGGAACAAUCGAAGGUCCGGUUCACACUCAGGAAAGUAUCUUCAACAUCUAGCUCGUCCUCUUCCUCAUCACCAACAGCGACUUCACUAGAAUCAAAGACGUCUGAUCCGAGGACGUCUUCGAAAAGUCGUUACUACCGUCACCAUCGGAGGAAACACUCGUGGACAUCAUCAUCGUCUUCGUCAUCCCCGUCCAGGUUCAAAGCGAUUCACCCCAAAAAGCUUCUACCAACUGGAAGGCAUGCAGGAGAUGCUAACGACAGAGAAAUCAGGGACCUCAUUAAGACUGUUAUCUGCCAAGGCGAGAAACUAGAUCGACAGACCGGACUUCUGUCGAAGAAAGACGACGAGAUCGAGUAUUAUGAAACCCUCAUACACGCGAUGAGGGUUGAAGAGAUGGGAGUCAACUAUCUUCUUGACACCUACUUGGAAGGAAGCGAAGAAGGUUGCAGAACUACAGCGGAAGCUCCAAAACGCGAAAGCGUUCAACAGACAGUGCAGCAUUACGAAAAGGUCCUCGAUAUCUGUCGAAAGAUAGUCAUCGAAGAAGAAAAAAUACGAGACCUGUCGACGCAGCUUCGAGAGAGUGUUUCGAUCGCCGAGGGACGCGACAGAACGACCGCGGAAAUCUCCAGCACGCAAUCUGAAAUACAAAGACUGGCUGCCGUGAACGAGUCACAGCGCGAGACAAUAGACAGGAACUGUCGGACUAUUUUAGACUGCGAGCGUAUCCUCCAAGAGAAAGGACAUUGCGUGAGGAACAUGGAGGAAGAAAUGAGAAUACUUGAAGACGAGAAUGUUCUUCUGGAGCGGGACUUAAGUCUGCUUUCUCAGCAGCAACAGUGGACAGAUGUGGUGGGAGAGUGUUCCGGCGGGGAUUGUUCAGCGCGAUGCGCUAGUGACUCGUACGAGUGCAAUGACUCCAACUCAGACACGGGUAUCAGCUCCCUCCAUAGUAGCAGUGACGACGGCGUCUAUGUCCUCGAUACUCUCGUGUGAGGUCACUCUUGUGGUGGGUCGCCGCACUUUCAGAAGAUGGUGCUUGUGUUGUUGUGACAUUGUUCGGACGUGUACAUUUCGACAGUGAUGUAUUGUAUAUAUGGCGCGUGAGACACUGUAAAGUAGAAGGUAUGUUCAAGAAUACUGACAAUCUAUAUACGUAUAUUGUAAAGAAGCUGAUUUCCAAAGGAGCUUUUCUAUUGUGAUUGAGGUAGAAGAGAGCUAAUACUCGCCGUACAUCUCAUCCCAAAACCAUCUCGCUUUCUUUGUGAUUUUAUCUCCCAUUUCUCUUUUUCUUUUUAUGCACCAGAUAUGAGUGAAAGAGAAGAAGCAACUUGUUCUCAGCACUUUGUUUGUUUCAGUAGCAUUCUUACUUACUGUCAGGUUCAAUAGUAAUGUUUCCAUUAUUGAGUACUAUUGGUUUUCAUAAUGUACAGUGAACGUCUGCAUGUGUAAUAUAAAGUAAGGAAUAGUACUGACGGAGAAAUACGACGAAGGGGUACUAGCCUUCUUUAGCUAGGAAACGAGCUUUACAUUUGAACCAAAACAAGUGCACCUGUAGAGAUGUUCUGAAGGCUGUAUGUAGUACUAUAAUAAUUGAAAUGACUGGUAAAGUACUUCAAUUGUAACUUUU